AUGGUGACGGUCGGCAAGUCGCACCCGGGUGCUGACCCCGUUCACCCUCUCCCCACCUCACCCGAUCCGGUCAGCGCCAACUCCCCACCAUCAAAGCGAGAUUUAGCUUCAUGGUGGAAGCAGUUCAAACGGAGCACCAGAAAAGAUGAAUUGAAAGAGGAGGCACCCCGCGGCAUCUUCGGGAUUGCGCUCAAUGUCAGCAUCAAGUAUGCCAAUGUGGCAAUCUCCUUGACCAACGACCACGGCGAGAGCUUCAUUUAUGGAUACGUGCCGAUUGUUGUUGCAAAGUGUGGAGUGUUUCUAAAAGAAAAAGCAACGGAUGUGGAAGGCAUUUUUCGUCUUAACGGAUCAGCCAAGCGUAUUAAGGACCUCCAGGAGGUCUUUGAUUCCCCCGAGCGAUAUGGCAAAGGACUCGAUUGGUCCGGAUACACCGUCCACGAUGCAGCAAACGUACUUCGCCGAUACCUGAACCAGCUCCCCGAACCCAUCGUACCAUUGGAGUUUUAUGAGCGCUUCCGUGAACCUCUGCGGAUCUACCAACGACAGGUCCUAGAAGGCAAGAACACAACCGACGCCGAUAAGUUCGACCACGCAAAGGCUGUUUCGACAUACCAGAACCUCAUCAUCGAGCUGCCCCCAUUGAACAAGCAGCUCCUCCUCUAUAUCCUCGAUCUUCUCGCGGUUUUCGCCUCAAAGUCCGAUCAGAAUCGCAUGCCGUCAGCUAAUCUGUCCGCGAUCUUCCAACCAGGCAUGCUGUCCCACCCGCAGCAUGAUAUGUCGCCGGAGGAAUACAAGUUAAGUCAGGAUGUGUUGAUCUUCUUGAUUGAGAACCAGGACCACUUCCUGUUCGGAAUGAGCGGCACGGCUGCCGAUGAGCAGACUGUGAAGGAGGUUGAGGCAGGGAUUGCACGACCUCACCCCACCGUUCGACGAUCGGUAUCCAACGCUAGUGCGAACACGGAAAGCCAUCGCAAGUUGGACAGUAUCCGUCGAAAUGUCUCCGUUUCGUCGCGCAACUCCCGCCAUUCUAACAACACUCAAAGCCCUGUAACUCCCACCUCAAUCACUGGCGGUGGUGGCGGUGGUGUGCACCGAAGCAACACCCUACCCUCAAAGAUGGGCCCCGUUUUGACCUCUGCUCGUUAUGCACGAGCCAAUGACACUGGCUCGAACAACCCUUCCGGCCUCUCUGUUUCUCAUCAAAGUUCUCGAUCGAAUAGUCGAACGCCAUCAGUGCGCGAAGAGCCUGAGCAGCCUGAGCCGAUCCCUGAGUCUGUAUCUCAUCCGGUUCCUCGGCCAGUCCCUGAACAGACCUCCGAGCAGCGUCCUGAGCAGCGCAUCCCUAGUCAAUCAACCGCAUCAUUGACUCCAGGCAACGUAUAUGUGCACACGUCAACCCAUGGCCCAUUGCCCCUGGCAACUGCUGAACGUCUUGUCAUCAACGAAACUACCAGGCCACAUGAUAAUCUCAACACGGUCGUCUCACCCCCGGUCACUUUACCCCCACAGGUUGUCACUCCGAGUCGUGAGCGUAAGCUUUCAAGUUUCUUCACGAAGUCACCGCCACCUGACUAUGAACUGAGAGAACAUCGGCAGCCGAAUCGCUUGAAGAAGAAGCGCAUUCCCGGUAGCGCAAGCAUGAGCGCACAAAGCUCGACUAAUUCACUCCAUGCCUCGACUCCAGCUCACAGUGCGGAUCUUGAACCUAAACACGAAAACCGGUCCGUGGAAGCUGCUGUUGGUGACACCACUCCGAAACCUCCAAAUGCUGCGACACUCGGCAACCGGGAGAACCCCUUUGACUCGAACUCGGCUCUCGUAGAGGGUACUUUGCAACAUCACACUGACCACUCUCUGCGACCUAACAAGUCGCGUACGCCCUCUAUGAACUCACGCUCAUCUUUUACUGAUCAGUCCGAUAUGGAUCAGCCCGAUGAUGUCACUCGCCAUGAAAAUCGUCGAAGUUGGCGAUUUCAUCGGUCUCCGAAGCGCACCAGCGAGCAACUUGGACUAGGUUUCGCGUCUCCACCCCUAGGAGCAACAAAUCCUCGAGCCGAGCAAAGCACCACUUCAAUCGGCAGCGGUCAAUAUCAAAGCACUGACCUCUCCAACCACCCAUUGAGCUUGGAUGCUGGCGUUCAAGGCACCUCUUCCGCAGGAUCAGAGCCCGAGAAAAAGAGCCUGUUUGGAAAGUUCAAGGCGAAAGUUGCUCAAGUUCGGGAUGGUGUUAAGGAUGAUCGCGAGCGCACAAAAAGCCCCACCCGGUCAGAGAACGAGCCGUCCCUCACCAACCGACCUCUUUCUCCAAAUGCUACGGAGUCGACAAAUGGCAAUCAUGCCUCGGUCGAAGUCCCACGUGAACAGCCCAAGGAAGAGCAUAUACGUUCGCCUGUGUCUCCAUUGCCUGGCGCUGGUCUUCCUCCAUCUAUUCCCGAAGAGCCGCAUAGCCCCGCAGCAUCUGCGUCUGUACCUGUCAUUGAACAGAAGGGGUCCGCUCAGCUGCCAGCUACCGAGUCCGUGUCCGCACCAGAGCCACCAUUGUCUAAUGAGAUCUUGGAAGAGAUCGCAGGACCGUCCACUUCGGCUGCUUGA